UCAGUAUGUCUACUUUGGUGUCUACAUAUAUGUAUAGUUAAAAAAUUUUGUAUUUGAUUGUAUAAAGAUAUACAUUUGUUUAUUGAAUGUUGUGAACUGUUGACUUGAAAUAAUGGAACCUAGACACAAAGAUGCAAUACAAAGAAACUUUACAUCGUUGCUGGCGCAAACUGACCUAAACGUAAUGGUCUCAGCGCUAUACGAGAAAGGGGUUUUUACCGAACAAAUGAUAGAACAAUACAAGAAUGUAAAUAAAGAAAGCAAACGCAACUUUUACUUCCACCUAAUGCGACGAGGACCAAAUGCAUUCCGUCAUCUACUCGACACACUGUGGGAGAUCGGCCUCUGGUCGUUGGUCCGUGAACUCGACCCUGAUGGGGAAUUCCACCAGUACUCAUCAAACUCACACAAUACAAAGACUGAAGCAAAUGACGAAAGCUCAUAUAUCAGUAUAAGAGAAGAAAGAAAACAAAAAGAGAACAACAGAAGAAAUCUCCCUAUUACAGAUGAUACGCAACCUCAGGCGCCUGUUCAACCGGCACCCACUAUCGCGCCUUCACCUGCACCCGUCUUUGCAGACCCGCCAUUUGAAGUCAAGAAGUCUACAAAAUUCAUUGAUGAUGAUGGCAAAGGCUUCCAAGUAUACCCAAUGUCGGGCGGUCUACGCGUGAUGCUGAUCUUCACAUACAACGAGUUCAAAAGCAACAUAGAGGACAAGCGGCCGGGCGCCGACAUCGACUGUCACAACCUCAAGUACCUGUUCAAGGAGCUCGACUUCAAGGUCCUCGCGUACCCCAAUCUCACGUACAAGGAGACGCUGGCGCGGCUGGAGGGCAUGGCGUGCAGCCUGGCGGGCGCGGAGUGCGUGUUCGUGGUGGUGUCGUCGCACGGGUACGCGCGCCCGGGCUCCGUCGACAUCGACUUCCGCGUCAGCGACGGCGGACUCAUGUCCUUCCAGCGGUUCGUCGACUACUUCAACAACAACGCGCUGCCAAACCUGCACAAGGUGCCCAAGGUCUUCAUAUUCCAGACCUGCAGGGGAUCGAAGGAAGAUAUGCCGCCGCUGCCGAAGCACAUCUCCCUGCCGGAGCCGGACGGCACGUGCGCGGCGGACACGCCGGACGCCGUGCCGGACGGGCGUCCGGGCCGCGCCGCCGCCGCCGCGCCCGCGCACUCCUCGCGCGUCUACUCCGACAUACUCAUCGCGCACUCCACCGUGCCCGGUUACGUGUCCCGGCGGAACCCGGAUAAGGGCUCGUGGUACAUCCAGACGCUGUGCGACGUAUUCGCGGAGAAGGCGGCUGACCACCACGUGGAGGAGCUGUUCACGUUGGUGGACAUCCGAAUGGACCAAAUGCACAAGUACCAGACCUCUUCGGUGGACAAGUGGGGCUUCAACAAGCGGCUCUACCUGCACCCCGGACUCAACCACAGGGACCGGACGCAGUGACGUGCAAUAUGUGUAUUAAGGGCCAUAGACGAAUGAAGUCACGGCCAUAAAGUAAUUUUGUGAUUAUGGAUACUAUCUGUCUCCCCCCCCCCCGUUCUUGUUACAGUUAGUUAAAUUUGAAACGAGACCCCCCCUCUUUUUGUGAACAGAACGUCAAAACAUGUAUAUUGUACUUUAGUACAUUAUUAAUAUAUAAAAUAAAACUAUCAAAAUGGUGCUUUUAACCACUUUCAAUAAACGAAUUGUUAAUAACAAUGUUACGAAGUUAGAUCCGAGGAUUCACUUUAAUAUGUCCAGGGUUCAUUGUGUAUUUUUUAUGGAUAAUAAUGGUGCACUCAUUACGCUGACGGUUUACGCUGGCGGGGUACCAGUGGAGGAGGAUAAGAUGAGCAUGAGGUCAAGUCAGUUAGGUUUCCACGAGGAAGGCUUGAUAUCUUUGCCAGCAAUGUACUGUCAGCAUGGAGGUCAACCUGACGUAGUACAUUCCUACCAAAGAUUCCACUUUGAUAAGAAUCUCCUUUCCUCCUUUAUGGGCUAUUACUCUAGCACUGUAUAGAUCAAUUAUAUUCACUCUUUUUCUUAGAGUUCGCUGCCUAGACCCGUCAGGGACGAGAAUUUAGGGAUAUUGUUAGAAACUAUGGUUUUUAUCUACUCAGGAUGCAGUGUGUACUUUCCAAGACAUAUUUCGUUUAUGCUUGAGUGGGCUACAACCACGUACGAUGUGUAGAA